GGAAGCCUGAGUCGGGGGGAGACGCGGAGGGGACCCCGGGACAGCCACAGCCCCGCGACAGCCACAGCCCGGCGACAGCCACAGCCCCGCGGCCGCUCUGGGAAUUAUCGCCCUUGGGAUUUGCCUUUUUCUCCCAGCCCGGAUUACAAUUGCACCAUGACCCUGGAGGAGCUGGUGCCUUGCGACAGCAGCAAGAUGCAGGCGGUGAGCGAGGCGGUGGAGCGGGUGUUGGUGGCAGCGCAGCGGCAGGACCGUCUGACUGUGGGGGUCUACGAGUCCGCCAAGCUCAUGAACGUGGACCCCGACAGCGUGGUGCUGUGUGUCUUGGCCACCGACGAGGAGGACGAAGGGGACAUCGCCCUGCAGAUCCACUUCACCCUCAUCCAGGCGUUCUGCUGUGACAACGACAUCCACAUCCUGCGCGUCUCGGGCAUGCAGCGCCUGGCCGCCCUCCUGGGCGAGCCCGAGCCCGGCACCGAGCCCCGCGACCUCCACUGCCUCUUAGUCACGAAUCCACACACGGACGCUUGGAAGAGCCAAGGCUUGGCCGAGGUGGCCAGUUACUGCGCCGAGAGCCGCGACAGGAACCAGUGGGUGCCCUUGGUGUGUCUGCAGGAGCGCUGAGCCCCCCCGGCCCGCGCCGGCUCUGACCGGGGAGGGGAAAAGAAAUUGAAACAGCAGGAAAAAAAAACACAAAAAAAGCGGAAACGGCCAGUUAAAACCUACAAACCCGGACACCCACCGUUUUAUAAUUUUUUCUUUUGAACCGGAGGAGGAGGAGGAGGAAGGAGCAGCCCGGGAGGGCUCGGGAAGGUCGCGCCGUCCGGUGGGACACGGGCCGGAGCCGCGCCCGGGAGCCGAGCUUGGCCGUGGGAGCGCCGAGGAGCCCCGGGACGGGCGCUGCGGGAGGAGACGGAGACGGUUUUGUUUUCUUUCGAUUUAUUCUUCUUCUUCUUCAUUUUGGCACCUGGGACUCGAGGACUGCCGAGGAUUUGUUGCAAACAAACUGCUUCGUCCAAAGGGAUAACUUGUCGCCUGGGGGGACGGACCUUGGCCACGCCGGUGUCAGAUGAUGUUGGGUUGGUUUUUAUUUUGCACUCAAGCCACUUGGAGAUCCUGAGCUGAAUCAUAUUCCAGAGUCUAUUCUUAUACUGAUUUAAGGGGAGAAACAAACAAACAAAAAAAAAAUAGAAAAAAAAAAUCUCUCUCUCUAUAAUGAUUUGCAAUAAAAUGUCUGACGUGC